AUGGGCAACCCAACCCACUUGACCUAUGGUUCCCUCAUCCCCCCAACCACAAACCCCCUACGUGUGGCUCAACCUAGCACCUCCUUGGCACGACCUACGCCGUCGCCACUCUUCCCUCCCUCCGCCGUGAUUGCGCCUUCCUCGCCUGCGGAUCCCACCGCCGCGAGUGCAUCACAGCCCCCCCGUCGCCGCGACACACCGUCGCUGCCCCCCCCCACCCCUUUUUUUUUUUCCGCCGCCGCGCCUUCUCUGGCGCCGCCUGCGCAUCCCGCCGCGACGCCUCGUCGCCGCCUCCUCCUCCCCCUGCCGCGACCCCCCGUCGCCGUCUCCCUCCCGCCGCUGCACCUACUUCGGCGUCGCCCGCGCAUCCCUCCGCCGCAACACCCCGUCGUCGCCUGCCCCUCCCGCUGCCGCGACGUCGCGUCGCCGCCUCCCCCUACCGCCGCCGCGCCUUCCUCGGCGCCGCCUGCGCAUCCCGUCGUCGCGACGCCCCGUCGUCGCCUCCCGUCCCGCCGCCGCGACUUCGCGUCGCCGCCUGUGCUCCCCAUCGCCGCGACUUCGCGUCGCCGCCUACGCAUCCCGCUGCCGCGACCUUCUCGUCGCCGCUUGCACGACCCGCCGCCGCGACUUCGCGUCGCCGCCUGCACGACCCGCCGCCGCGACUUCGCGUCGCCGCCUGAGCCGCCGCGGGUCCACCCACCAUCGCCCCUCAUGGCUACCACUCCUCCCCCUCUCCCCCCUCCCAUUGACGCCUCCUCCGUCGACAAGCUUCAGCUUGCCGCGGACCGCUCGGCGAUCAACUGGCAUUCCUUCGUCGGGAGCAUCCGCCGUGUUCUCCAAGAUGCAUUCGUCGGACCCUACUGCGUCAUCGACGUCCUCCUCCGCCGCCCGCAAGCCCUCCAGCCCACGGCACCCAAUCACCCCGGCGAACCCCCUCCACCCCCCAUUCCUCCUGGUCCUCCUCCUACUGAACCCACCUUGGAGAUCGCCACUACCCUGGCGCUCCAGGAUGCCGCCGAUGCCGCAUUUCUCCACGAUCGCCGCGAAUACCUCAUCCGCAAGGCGGAGCAUGAGGUUGCGGUACAUAACCACGACUUCGCGGUAGCGGAACGCGCUAAUCGCCUGGCGCUCCUUGAUGAGUACAAUACGGCCAUGGCGGACUACCUCCCUCGGAGCAUCGCAUGGGCCACUGCCGAUAACCGCGCCUGCACCGUCCUCCUCGGCGCACUCCCUGGUACCCUCAUGCGCCGUUUCCAAGCUCGCGAGAUGCGCGCCUCCCUCACCUGGGCCGAGCUCCAGGCGAUGUUCGAGCGUCGCGACAUCAGCUCUGUCGGCGCCCUGUUCCAGGAGUACUUCUCCAUCACCCUCGCCACUUGUGAUGGCGCAGUUGACUACGUGGGGCGCAUGCAGGUGGUCGCUGAUCGCCUUGCGGCACGCCAAGCUGCCCUCCCCGAGCCUCUGCAAAUCCACCGCCUCCUCUACAACCUCACCCCGGACUACGAGUCCCGCCUCCAUGCCUUCACUGAGGCCAACCCCAUGGCCAGCCUCGAUGACGUGGUCCAAUGGAUCAUUGACACGGAGGUCAAGCUCCGUACCCCUGUUGUCAACCUUACCACCCCUCAGUCCUCCUCCUCCACCUCCCUCAACGCUACGCAGCCGCGCAACCAGGGUGGUCGCAGCGGCGGCGGCGGAGGCCGUGGAACGGGUAGCGGUGGUGGUGGUGGCGGCCGUGGUGGUGGCGGUGGUGGUAGUGGUGGCCGUGGUGGCCAUGGUGCCGGUGGAGGUGGUGCUGGCAGCGCCCCUGCUGGAGGACUUUCCGGUUCUGGUGGUGCUGUGACUCGAGGCGGACGCCCUGGCACUCUCCCCCCAUGCACAUAUGUGCGCCGCCAUGGACCCCAUGCUGGUACCCCUUGCGGCCAGACCAACCAUCCCCCCACCACGUGCUUUAAGGCACUCGACGACGCCUGGUUUGAUCGAGGCAACACUGGCACCCCUCCUCGCUGGAACUCGAUCGCACCUCGCCCCUCCUUAGUGGAUAUUCAGACCCUCCCCUCUUUCCUCCCUGCUCACCUCCGCAUGUGUUCCCGACACAUCUGGUAG